GUAAUUUGCUGCACCUCAUUUGGCGAUGACGAAUGCGAACAGACGACUUACCGAGAGCAGGGAAGCAUGAAAGCGGGAGUACGGGAACCAAAAUAUUGCGUUGCUCACGAGGCUCCUUCCUUUCGGUGCAAUUGCCUCGUCACGAGACAAUAAUCUGCUCGUUCCUGGCUUGUGCGUGCCUUGCUUAUUUUUUUCUUUUUUUCUUUUCUGUAUGAGCAUGCUCGUAGCUCCAGUCGAGAUCUUCUGUGGGCUUUAGCAGUAGCAUGGAAGCGGGCGCGAAUACGCGGCGGAGCUAGGCGUAGUCCCCGCGAAUGGAGUCUCGCUAGCGGUUUCGGCUUUUUUCAGUCUGGGUUGGGAGGAGUGUGGAGUGUGGCAUUCCUCGAGAGGGAAGGUUUCGGUGGUGACGAGGGGCUAGGGUUUUCUUCUAGUGUUGCGUUGUUUCUGUGUCAGUGCUUGAAUUUGGUGCUGUGGAUGAGAAAGCUGUUCUAGAGAUUCUGUUCGGCGGGGGUCUGAGAGGGUAGCUGUGAUGAGAAAAGAAGCAGGAUCAAUGCGACGUGAAUGCAGUGACACGGUGGUGUGUAUGUGCGGUGGCAGCGGCGAGAGUCUUAGCAUGAGGCUACAAUGCAGUGGUGUGGAGUGGGGAGGGAGUCUGUGAAGCGGUUAGUAUUUUUCUCGGAGCUUGAUUCACUGUGUGCCUCAUCUGAGAAGCAGUGUCAGACAUGACCUAUUCCGAGCCACAUGGUGCAACAUGAAGCCCUCAAUUUUGGAUUUCAGAAGCUUUUCCAUCAGCACAUGUGAAGUCGAUUGAUAGCCAAUGUUGGCAGAGGGAUAAAUAGUCAACAAGUGGAGUGAGGAGGCGAGUGAAGGGGAUAGUUGUGGUCUGAAUCGCCGAGUUUAGAGCUAUUGACGCGAGGUCUGAGCCUCUCGAAUUAUAACUUUUCUGCUAAACCGCUACGUUGGUGGGAAAUUGCGAAUAAGGAUACGUCAUCUUACUUGGCAUUGAUGUUUACGAGAGUUUUUCUUUAAAUUGCUCCAAGAAGGAUCAUAACAGCGAAGGACGACUCAAACUUGGGAUGCACUAAGUGGGAAGUAAGAAAUGGGAACUGCGAGCCCUGAAUCGACACCGUCGCAGAAAAUUGGGGAGGCACACGUCGAUUACUUACACGCGCAAUGGGACCUGAAGUUGUGAGCUCUUUGAUAAAAAUCAACCCUAAGGUUUGAAAGACAUUGAUUGAGUUGACAAUCAGGAGGUUAUCAGUCUGGCCUUAUGGGACCAUUUAGCAGAGCAACUGUCGGGCUCAUUGCAAGUAAGGAUUCAGCAAAUAAGAAGAAGAAGAAGCAGACUGCGGAUGAUGCGGGGGGUAGUAUCAAGGGUGGAAGACGGACAGCUGGCAGCUUGCCUAGCUGGGUUACGGAUGGUGCUAUCGAAGAGACACCGGUUAACGAAGGAAAAGAAAAAUCUGGGAAGGAAGGAAAGGAAAAGUCUAGCAAAGAAGGGAAGGAGAAAGAUAAAUGGAAAGAAAGGAUUAAAGAAAGCAAGGAGAAAAGCAAGAAAGGUUCAACCUCUGGGAAGGGUAAGAUUGAUGAAGAUGUGGAAAUGACAAUUUCUGCUCCCAUUCUAGACGAGGAUUUCCGUCUUGCGACAUCUCUUCUGGGCCUCCACCGCAUUAAGACGCGCUCGGGCCCUCUUCUUUUUCCCCCUAGCACCCGCUCUGGUCCCGUGUAUGCAGGAACUUUUCAAAGUCGAUUUGAUACGGGCAAUGAGGGUCGACAGGAUCAGGAGAAAGCUGUGAACAGUUGGUCCAAAGGAGAGUCAUCAAGCAGACUGCUGGCUGGAGUGGGCAAAGCCUCCAAGGUGCAUGCACGCGAUUCAGUCUCUCCCGAAGACUUCACUACUGCCGAUGAUGGCAGUAAGAGCAAUAGAGGAAGAAUGUUGAUGUAUACUGAUAUUUCAGAGAUGGGAGCAAGUCCUCAAUCAGAUGGUAGUCCCGGGUCUUCGAACGUGAAGAAAUUACAUCGGAGUUUGAGAAUCGGCGAUGCUGGCGGGCGUAUAAAUGGGUCGAGUCUUAGGUUUGAAGGUCACGAUGAUAGUAAUGUUCCGCAGAGAGUAAACCCGUUUGAGAGCAAUUGGGCUGAUGGUCACUCGAACUCCUCAGCAGGGCUAUCUUCCCGUGAAGGAGGAACCUCGGGUUGUUUAUACGAAUCGCAUUCGUUUUUACGAGAUAGCAAGAGUAUCUCAGACCAAUCUGCAGAGAAUGAUGCUGAAGCUGAGAGCCCAACUGAGUCGCCUCGAUUUAAGGCACUUCUGAGGAUGACCAAAACUAAUGGCAAGCGACAUACUGAUAUCAAAAGCUUCUCUCAUGAGUUGGACCCACGUGGACUACGUUCGCAUGAAUUUUUACGGCCUCACAAUUUUGGCGGGUUCAAUGGUUUAGAGGAGUUUGUGCGAACUUUGAAAGCAAGGUUUAAUACGGCAAAGGAAGAGGUUAAUGCUGAGCUUGCGGUCUUUGCUGGUGACCUUAUUGAGUUCCUCGAGAAGAAUGCUGAUGCUGCUCCAGAUUGGCGAGUAAGGGCAGAGGAUCUUUUGAUUUUAGCAAAACAAUGUGCGACGAUGGAUUCCCAGGAAUUUCGAAAGAACUGCGAGGCAAUUGUACAUGAUUUAGAUGAAAAGAGGCAAGAGCUCCCUAUGGGAGCUCUUAAGCAGCUACAUACUCGAAUGCUUUUCAUUCUCACUCGCUGCACGCGUUUAUUGCAAUACCAAAAACGUAAUUUUCUAGAAUCGGAUCCACUUAGAAUACAGAAGGUUGAGAAGUUUUGGCACCCAGUUGACAAUCAGAAAGUACCUGCAAGUGAACCUGUGAAAAGGAAAGCUUGUUCACAAGAACUAUACCGACGCAAUGAUGUAUCCACUGGUAGGUGGACCAAAGACGAAAACAUCAGUAAACUGACCCUUGAAUCAAUCAAGGAAGCAGAGUCGAAGAUUGACUCGCUAAGUCUGAAUUCCUCGGAUUUCAAGGAUGAAACCGCGGAUCAACAGGAUGCGAUUGUUAUUGAAAGGCCUACGUCUUGGAAGAAAUUUGAGAAGGAUAAGAUUGGAUCAGAUAAUCAAUCAAGUCCCGAGAAAAGUACUCUUCAAGUUGCUCCGACAACAAAACGAAGAACACAGUCGACGCCAGUGAAGUGCCACUCGGGGGAUGAUACACCAAUGGUAAUAUGUAGAAUAUGUGAGGAAGAGGUUCCGACGGUUCAUUUGGAAGAACACUCUCGAGUGUGUGCUUUUGCUGAUAGGUGCGAUCAGAAAGGGAUGGGUGUCGAUGAGCGGUUGCGAAGAUUAGCUGCAACUCUUGAACGCAUUGUGGAAUCAUAUACUCCAAAGAGCUCUGCUGUGGCUGCCAGUGCUAGUCCAGAUACGGGCAAAACAUUACCAAAUUGUGGUGAUAGCGAGGCUUGUCGGGUUUCUUCAUCAGCAUCGUUUGCAUUUAAGAAUUCCUUGGCGGAUAAACUUGGGACUGCUGCAGAAAAAUUUGGACAAUAUGAACGUGGAGGUGGUGACUUGCUCCGCAGGGGAUCUGAGGACAUGCUUGAGGACCUACAUGAAAUCGAUACUGCGAGUAUUUUGGAUGAGCCCAGAGUUUUUAAUACGAUAGCCUGUAAGUCUCGGUUUGGGCCCAAGAAUGAUACAAUUGGAGCUGUUCCUUCUUCGGUGGGCAGCUUGCUUGCCCCUUCAUCAUCAGUGGGUAGCUUAACACCGCGAUCUCCUCUCACCACGCCCAAGAACAACCAUAUUGAUCUCCUGUUGGCUGAUAAAAAUUAUUUUGCUGAAUCAGAAGACCUCCAACAGAUCAAUGAGUUGGUUGAUAUUGCUCUAUGCAUUGCCGACACCAACCAAAAUCACCCCAAGGCUGCAGAGUUCAUUAUCUCAUGUAUGGAGGAUUUGAAUGACGUAUUGGAGCAGAAUACGGUUGAUGCUCUUACUGUUGACACAUUUGGUAGACGGAUUGACAAGCUUUGCAGAGAAAAGUAUCAGCAAAUUCUAGAGGCUUCUGGGUUAUACGUUUCUGAGAAUUUAGUGCAUUCAGCAGAAGGUAGUCUUUCACUAGAUGAAGAGGGUUCGCACAGUUCGAAGUGUACGCCCGUCCACCCAACCCACAAGGAUCGAACAACUAUAGAUGAUUUUGAGAUUAUCAAGCCUAUCAGUAGAGGCGCAUUUGGGCGGGUAUUUCUGGCCAGGAAACGGAUCACGGGUGAUCUUUUCGCGAUCAAGGUCCUUCGAAAAGCAGAUAUGAUUCGAAAGAACGCAGUGGAGAGCGUUAAGGCAGAACGGAAUAUUCUGAUUUCUGUCCGAAACCCUUUUGUGGUGCGAUUCUUUUACUCGUUCACUUGCUCUGUAAACCUGUAUCUAGUCAUGGAGUACCUGAACGGGGGGGAUCUGUUCUCUUUGCUGAGGAAUCUGGGCUGUCUAGAAGAAGAAAUGGCCCGUGUUUAUAUUGCAGAAAUCGUGCUGGCGCUGGAGUAUCUUCACGGCUCGGGUAUAGUGCAUCGUGAUUUAAAACCUGACAAUCUUCUCAUCGCACAUGAUGGGCAUAUUAAGCUUACAGAUUUUGGUUUAUCAAAAGUCGGUCUUAUCAACAGUACCGAUGACCUCUCAGGUCCUGCAGUAGGUGGAGCCACGUUAAUGGAAGAAAUAACCAAGCAUCAUAAAGUACCAAGUGGAGAGUUGCCGCAGCAAAGGGAGAGGCGUCAACAACGUUCUGCAGUUGGCACACCUGACUAUUUAGCCCCAGAGAUUCUUCUUGGAAACUCUCAUGGACCUGCUGCUGAUUGGUGGUCCACUGGCGUUAUUUUGUUUGAAAUGCUCACUGGAGUGCCGCCUUUUAAUGCGGAGCAUCCUCAGAUUAUUUUUGACAACAUAUUGAAUCGCAACAUACCAUGGCCUUAUGUUCCUGAAGAAAUGUCUUACGAGGCUCAGGAUUUGAUUGAUAGGCUGUUGACAGAGGAUCCUGACUAUCGGCUUGGAGCUAAGGGUGCUGCCGAGGUUAAAGCCCACCCUUUCUUUAAAGAUAUAAAUUGGGAUACUUUGGCAAUGCAAAAGGCUGCCUUCGUCCCAAGCGUGGACAAUAUUCAUGACACGAGUUACUUCACAUCCCGUCAGUGUUGGAAUUCAGAUGAAACACGCUUAUUUGCUGACCAUAACUAUGAAAGUAGUAACUGCGAAACUAGUGAUAGCGGAGGGAGUACGAGUUCCUCAGAAAUGAGGCCGGAAGACUCGGAAGUCAUUGAUGUUGCAUGUCCCCUGAGACGAAAAGAGGGUCGUGACUUGUCUGAAGUUACGCCUUCAUCGAGAUUUUCCUUCAGCAACUUCUCGUUUAAGAAUCUAUCGCAAUUAGCAUCUAUCAACUACGAUCUGCUGCAAACUGCCGUCAAAGAUGUAACUUCUCCCCAGGGUCGACAGAGUUAGCAUCUCGACUUCUAACUGGAAUCACAAUUAUAUGAUUCCUACAAUGAUGUGGAACCAACAAGUGGCAUCCAGUUUACGCAUAGUCCUUGAAGUUGUGGGCACUAUGCAUGUACUAUAUGUAUCAUUUUAUCAAAUCAUCCAAGUUAAACCUCUUCAGUCA